UGUGACAUCCAGCUCCCAAAGCUCUGUUGUGGAGACUGCUUAUACUGAAGGGAAAAAAUGGUAUUAACUGGGAAAACUGGUGGUGGCAUGAAGGACUUUGUGUUUGAUGUACUUUCCAGUAGAUUAUUCAUGGUUUUCGCGACACUUAUUAUUAUGUCUGUCAAUGGUUCAGGUUACAUGUUUGGUCUAUAUUCUAAUGACAUUAAAUCAACAUUAGGGUAUGACCAAACAACUCUGAAUUUGCUCAGUUUCUUCAAGGACUUGGGUGGUAAUCUUGGGAUCUUGUCGGGGCUCAUCUACGAAGUGGUGCCACCAUGGGUGGUUCUUUGCAUGGGUUCACUAAUGAAUUUCUUUGGCUAUUUUAUGAUAUGGGUAUCGGUCACUGGCCGCAUAGCCAAGCCCCAUGCAUGGCAGAUGUGUUUGUAUAUGUGGAUAGCUGCAAAUUCACAGUCAUUCCCGAACACUGGUGCAUUGGUCACGUGUGUUAAGAACUUCCCUGAAAACAGAGGCAGUGUCUUAGGAAUUUUGAAGGGGUUUAUCGGUUUAAGUGGCGCAAUCAUGACUCAAUACUAUCAUGCAUUUUACAUGGAUGAUACCAAGGCUCUCAUCUUGCUGCUUGCUUGGCUUCCAACCAUUGUUCCCUUAAUUUUUCUUCGAACUAUUCGGAUUAUGAAAGUUGUUCGGAUGGCAAGAGAGCUUGAGAUCUUUUACAGUUUCCUUUACAUUGCUCUUGGACUUGCUGGCUUUAUCAUGGUUUUGAUUGUUUUGCAGAACAAGGUCAGAUUUACCAGGACUGAGUAUGUGGCAAGUGCUUUUGUUGUUGUCGUUUUAUUACUUCUGCCACUUGUUAUUGUAAUAAAAGAAGAAUUUAGCGUUUGGACCGGCAAAAAACAAGCUUCAAACAAUCAUUCCCAAGUGAAUGUUGUGACUGAGAAUCCUCCUGCAGUUCCACUAAGGCCAGCGGAAGCCACGAUCUGGCCGCUUGCUUGUAUUAAAACGAUCUUUAAUCCACCAGAAAGAGGCGAAGAUUAUGGAAUUCUCCAAGCCAUUUUUAGCAUUGACAUGCUAAUUCUCUUCAUUGCAACAGCUUGUGGGACUGGAGGGGCAUUAACAGUUAUUGACAAUCUGGGACAACUUGGUAAAUCAUUGGGUUAUCCGAAACAUAGCAUAUCCACCUUUAUAUCCCUAGUGAGCAUAUGGAAUUUCCUUGGACGGGUGUUGGCAGGUUAUUUGUCUGAAAUUGCCUUGACAAACUACAACUUCCCUCGUCCCCUAAUGCUCACUCUGGUCAUCCUAUUUUCAUGUAUUGGCCAUCUUUUGAUUGCCUUUGCAGUCCCUAAUUCCCUUUAUUUUGCUUCAGUAAUGACAGGGUUCUGCCUUGGUGCACAAUUGCCAUUACUGUGUGCAAUUAUAUCCGAACUGUUCGGUCUUAAACACUACUCCACAAUGUACAAUGUUGGCUCAGUUUCAAGCCCUGUUGGAUCCUACAUCUUCAACGUGAGAGUGGCUGGUCAUUUAUAUGAUAAGGAAGCUUUGAAGCAAAUGGAAGCUUUGGGACUUGAAAGAAAACCAGGACAAGACCUGACCUGCAAUGGGGCAACAUGUUAUAGAUUGGCUUUUCUAAUCAUCAGUGUCGCUACCUUGUUGGGGAGUAUAGUUUCAUUGAUUCUGGUUUGUCGGACAAGAACAUUUUACAAAGGUGAUAUCUACAAGAAGUUCAAAGAGGGUGUUGCUCCAACAGGAAAUGGUGAUCUUCCAUUAAGAGAAAUGGAAGACAAGGCAACUACGGCCGUCCCAGAAACAAAAAUAGCCGUCUCUGCUGGAUAAUAAACACUAGUGAACUCUAUGUAAAGCAUAUACUUGGAACUGUUUAAGUCAAAAAUAAACUUCCCCUCCGAUAGUAAACCUUGGUGUUUGCCCUUUUUGUAUUUAUGUCAAAUGAAUUAGUUGAGUUUGAUAUAGCUUUUUAUUUAUGCAAAUGGCUAAAUGGAUAUUGU